AGGUUAGGGGAUCCACUUACAAAAUCCCAAAUUAUUGUUGCUGAGUUGUUGUCGAAAGUCUGUGAAUUGGAGUGCCGGAGAAUGGUUGACGUCAUCCUGAGAUUUUAGUCUCCUCCUAGUGACAAACCGUGCCAUAACCUCCAACCCGGCGACUGGGUCUGUGUCAGGGAGUUCCGACGGAAAAACGCCCUGAAACCUCGCUGGUCUAAACCUCAACACGUCCUGCUCACCACCAACACCGCCGUCAAGUGUGAGGGGCGUCUAAUCUGGAUCCACGCAUCCCACUGCAAGAAAACAACUCCUCCGCCAUGCACCGGAAACCAGCUGGUACCAUCUUCUUCCUGGGGGUCUUCGUCCUCACCACCGUCGGAGCCAGUGAAAGAAACCACGCAGGCUCGGACAGCCCAGAAGUAGAUGAACUUCAACACCCCAGACUUCGACGACUGGCAGAGGAGCAGGGGAGCAGCGCAGGCCACAGAGGCCCAGAAGCAGAUGCAUUAUACACGCCAAAACACUCACAUCUGUCGCAGGAACAAAACAGACACCCUUGCAAACACCACAAACGAGACCUAACCGUUUACCAGGAGAAAAUAACUCCUAAAAUAUAUGAAACACAACCCUCAACAAACACAUACCUCCAACUGGCAAAAAUGGUUGCUGAAAAUAGCCCACACCCUGAUAACUGUUAUGUGUGUGGGUUCAUUCCACACAGCACAAAAGAAGGACUCCCAUUAAUGACUCUGCCCAUUACUUCAUGUGACACCUGUUACAUUUUGAACCUCAAUUCCUCUUAUGGGCAUUGCAAAUGUCACAAACCCCCCCAAAUGAGACAAAUGUAUUGUGAUAAAAUUCACACUAGCUGUUAUUCCUGCAGCACACCGAUUCCUCUCACCCUCACCAUGAUCCCAAAGACAUUAAAGUGGUGUGUUGAAGGCAAAGGAACUAUCCACCUAGGAAUAUCAAACUGUGACUCCACAUACUCUCCUUCUGAAGAACCGCUUGUUAAGCCUAAAACAAGCCAAAAUCCACUGCCCGAUUCCAUUAAAGAUUAUAACUACCUUGCUACAAUGGUUAAUCGCUGUUCCAUACCUCUACCAAAAGGUGUUUACUGGAUUUGUGGCAUGAAGGCUUACGAAUAUCUUCCAAACGAUUGGUCUGGUAUAUGUGGUCUGGGCCAUGUGGUACCAGCCAUGAGAAUCGUCGCUGUACCACCGAAAGUUCGCAUUGUUAAAAGAGAAUUGUACACUCACACCCAGACACCAUGGACAAGAUUUUUUGACUCUCCCACUGGCUGA